CUCAUCUCUCUCAUUAUCCAAAAUUAAAUCAAGAAUCCAAUAAUUGAAUUACACUUCAAGAAUUCAAGAAUUGAAUUAAUCCAAUGGCUGAUUUCACUUCAGAAAUUCAUCAAGGAUUUAGAUCAUGUUUUCAGUUCUUGGAGCCAAAUUUAGACUUACCAAUUAAUCAUUUCUCUGAAAACAUGUUAGACAAUUCAAACUUCAACAAUUUUCACACUAAUUUCUUAUCAGAAAAUUUCUUCACCCAAAAUCAACCAAUACUCCCAUCUGAUCAAUUCCCUGCUACUACUAAUAUUAAUUUCCACCAAAAUGCCAUGUCAUCACUUUCUUCCCAUCAUAAUCAACCUGUUCUUGAGAGCAAGAAAAGAAAAUCUUCCAUGGAUGUAUCAGAAACAAGCUCUUUGAAUUCUUCUCCUCAAGUUUCUGACAAUGGCAAGGCCAAAUAUAAUUCAAGAAGAGGGAAGAGAAGUAAAAGUAAUAAGGAAGAAGAAGAUGAUAAAGCAAGAGAAGUAGUUCAUGUUAGAGCUAGAAGAGGUCAAGCUACUGAUAGUCACAGUUUAGCUGAAAGGGUCAGAAGAGGCAAAAUUAAUGAAAGACUUAGAUGCUUGCAAGAUAUUGUCCCAGGUUGCUACAAGCAGACAAUGGGCAUGGCAGUAAUGUUGGAUGAGAUAAUUAAUUAUGUUCAGUCCUUGCAAAAUCAAGUUGAGUUUCUAUCCAUGAAGCUCACCGCAGCUAGUACAUUUUAUGACUUCAACUCAGAGAAUGAUGUCAUAGAAACAAUACAGAGGGCAAAUGCACAAGAGACAAAAGACAUUGAAAGAGUGAUGAAACAAGGGUAUGGAGGAUUAACAAAUUUCAACCCAACAGGCUCUUUUUGACUUCAUUAUUAAUUAAAUGUGAUGCUACUCAUUUAGUACCAUAUAGACACAAGAAGAUGGUCAAUUUCCCAAGAUAUUUAAAAAACUACCAAUAUUGAAAGAAAAGAAAAGAAUGAUUCCCAUUUCAUGUAUACAUAGCAUAAAUGAUAGUAGAAAUUGUAUAAUAUAUAAAUUGGGAAUUUAAUUGUUAUUCGUACAAACCCUUUUAACCAAUUCAUGUCAUUGUCUAUGUAUGUUAUGGUAUAAUGGAGAUAUUUUAAUUUUAAA